GGGCAGCCUCGCCAUGCCACGAUCUUUCCGGCAGGCGGCGCUAUGCGGCCGCAGUGGCCGCGCGGGCCGCGUCCUGAUUGGCUGGAGGCUGUGGCCCAAGUCCACCGGCCGCGCAACCCGGCCACUAAGUGGGGAAGCUCGCCAGUCGGUGCGCCAGUCCGUGGACCUCCAAGGCAGCGGCAAGGCGGGCGCGGCGCGGCGCGGCGGGACGGAGGGAACAAGAUCAGGGCAGGAGGCAAGCGGUUAAUCGAAAGGGUCCCGCACACCCAGCAAGAUGCUGUCCUGGCGGCUGCAGACCAGCUCCGAAAAGGCCGAGCUCCAGGAGCUCAAUGCCCGGCUUUAUGAGUACGUGUGCCGGGUGCGAGAGCUGGAGCGCGAGAACCUGCUGCUGGAGGAGGAGCUGCGCAGCCGGCUGAGCCGGGAGGACCGCUGGGCGGAAGAUCAAGCGCUCUACGCCGAGGAGGCGCGCAGCCUGCGACAGCAGCUGGACGAACUGAGCUGGUCCACGGCGCUGGCCGAGGGCGAGCGCGACGCGCUGCGGAGGGAGCUGCUGGACCUGCAGCGGGAGGGUUUGGAAGCCAGCACUGCCCGCGGCCGCCUGGAUGCCGAGCUAGAAGCGCAGCGGCGGGAGCUGGAGGAGGCGCUCGGCGCGCGCGCCGCCCUCGAGGCGCUGCUGGGCCGGCUGGAGGCUGAGCGACGAGACCUGGAUGCGGCCCACGAGCGCCAAGUGCGAGAGCUACGCGCCCGUGCCAGCAGCCUCACCAUGCACUUCCGAGCCCGCGCCACCGGCCCCGCCGCGCCCCCGCCGCGCCUGCGGGACGUGCACGACAGCUACGCCCUGUUAGUGACCGAGUCGUGGAGGGAGAGCAUGCAGCUGUACGAGGACGAGGUGCGCGAGCUGGAGCAGGCGCUGCGCCGCGGCCAAGAGAGCCGGCUCCAGGCGGAGGACGAGGCGCGGCUGUGCGCGCAGGAGGCGGACGCGCUGCGGAACCAGGCGCUGGAGUUGGAGCAACUGCGCGCGAGGCUGGAGGAUGAGCUGCUCCGGAUGCGCGAGGAGUACGGGAUGCAGGCGGAGGAGCGGCAGAGAGUGAUCAACAGCCUGGAGGACGAGAAGGAAGCCCUUACCUUGGCCAUGGCUGACAGGCUGCGGGAGUACCAGGAGCUCCUACAGGUGAAGACCGGCCUCAGCUUGGAGGUAGCCACCUACAGGGCCUUGUUGGAAGGAGAAAGCAAUCCGGAGAUAUUGAUCUGGACCGAGAACAUUGAAAACGUGCCACGAGAGUCCAGAAACAUAUCCUAUCGCUAUACCGACUCAGUAUUACAGAGGAAAAAUGAGAAGAAUCUCUUUCCACGGCGAAAAACACCUUGGGCAGCUGUAAAUCACAGCUCGACUUUGUAUUCCAACGGGCCAGGGCACCUUGACUCACAGACAACCACAGCUGUUGGAAAUGCUGCCCGAAGGGGCUUCCUGACCUCCUGCUAUUCUUCCUCAGCUACAACCUCACAGCAGAAGCCCCUGGAGAAAACCGUCAGCAGUCAAGCCAGUUUAAGACCAGUCACACCAACCCAUGGCUUUCUAAGAAACACUGACGCUCAAGUGAAAACAUUCCCCCAUGGACCCAAAGCUGAAGGCAUGGGGGACACCCUCACACGGCGGGCCACAGAGUCCAUUAUUACCAGAGAGUCAUACAGAGGUCACCGGGGCAACGUGGCGGCAGGUGCUGUGAACAGCACUCAGUCAAAUGAGAGGACUGUCAUUCUGGGAAAGAAAUUAGAAACGCAGGCCACUAAGGAGCAAGAGAGGGACAAGUCAGGGGUGGUCAAAUUAAAGCCAGAGGAGAAAAUGUUUGAUUCUAAAGAGAAGGCUUCGGAGGAAAGAAACUUGAGGUGGGAGGAGCUGACCAAGUUAGAUAGAGAUGCAAGAAAGAGGGAAAGCCAGCAUUUAAGGGACAAGGCCAAAGGGAAGGAAACACUGACGGGGAGAGGUAUAAAAGAAAGAGAAGUGCCCAUCAGUCUAGAAGUAUCUCGGGGCAGCAAAUCAGAGGUGUCCACAAUACACUUGCAGUCACCUGGAAGGAAGGAUUCUGCCAACAGUAGGGAAAGAGAGGCAAAGACCAAAGAGACAAAGUUCCAAUUGGACGGCAAGGACACUGCUGGCUCUCUGCGGAGUGACUCUACGACAGAGACCAUAGCAGAAAACAUCGUCACCACCAUUCUUAAGCAGUUUACCCAGUCUCCAGGUGCUGAAGAGAAUGUCAGUUCUUUGCCAGACACAAAGGUCACCUACCUGGACCGGAAAGAGUUUCCUGGUGACAGGAAAACCAAGACGGAAAUCGUCGUGGAGUCGAAGCUGACAGAAGACGUCGAUGUUUCUGAUGAAGCUGGCCUGGACUACCUUCUAAGCAAGGAUGUCAAGGAAGUAGGACUGAAAGGGAAGUCAACAGAGACAGUGAUUGGAGAGAUGAUCAACCUCGGUCUGAAAGGAAGGGAGGGGAGAGCCAAAGUCGUAAAUGUGGAGAUUGUGGAAGAGCCCAUGAGCUACGUAGGUGGUGGGAAAGUAGAGUUUUCUACCCCCUUCCGGGUGGAAGAAGUCGAUGAUGUGUCUCCCAGCCCCAAGGGGUUCGUUGAGGAAGAGGAGGGCGAAGGAGAAACCCACAUGGCAUUCUCAAUGCAUCAACGUCAGAGGACCAACCAGCCCCAGGUGAACGUCCCUCAUGUGGAAGAAGUGACGGAGGCGGGUGACUCGGAGGGGGAGCAGAGUUAUUUCGUGUCUACCCCAGAUGAGUACCCUGGGGGACAUGACAGAGAAGAUGAUGGCUCUGUGUAUGGGCAGAUCCACAUUGAGGAAGAAGUCCACCAUCCGGUAGAGGAAACGUUGCCUGAGCGCAUGAAGGAAGAGUUGUCUGCCCUGACCAGACAGAGUCAAGGAGAGCCAGGGGGUGUCUCGGUGGAUGUAAAGAAAGUCCAGAGCUCUGCUGGCGGUUCUGUGACCUUAAUGGCUGAGGUCAACCUCUCGCAGACUGUAGAUGCUGAUCAGUUAGACCUGGAGGAGUUGAGCAGGGACGAAGCUGGGGAAAUAGAGAAGGCUGUGGAGUCAGUGGUAAGAGAGAGCUUGACCAAGCGCUCCAGCCCAAUGCCUAGAAGCCCAGACAGGGGAGAUGGAGAGGAGGCGCCUGCCGGUGGCUUUCUCUUCAAGCGCUGGGCCACCAGGGAGCUGUAUAGCCCGUCUGGUGAGAAGGAUGAUACUGACCGGGUCUUUCACAGCUCGGAUCAGCGUGUUACCCAGGGCCCAGUGUCAGCCACCGUGGAAGUGACCAGCCCAAUGGGUUUUGUGCAGUCUCAUGUGCUGGAGGAUGUAAGCCAGUCUGUAAGGCACGUUAAACUAGGCCCCACUGAGAUGUGGAGGACCGAACAGGUGUCCUACGGAGGACCCACCGCACCGGUGGUGGAGGUAAGUGAAGACUUCAGCGAGGCAGUCAGCUCUGAGGGAGCCAGCCGCUCCGUGAGGCACGUUACACUGGGUCCCCGUCAAAACCGAGUGUCCACAGAAGUCAUUUUCCGAGGCUCUGUGCCUACCCGGCAGGAGACGGGAGACACAGGAGAGCCUGACCCUGCAGCACUGUCUGUGGAAGCUGACGUCUCAGGGAGUGGCAGGAUGCCCGGCUCUCAGCAGGCUCACAAUGAAAAGGAAACUCCUUUUCCGGGUCCUAUUUCUGGGGCAGCCCAGGUUGGUAGUAACUUUUCAACUGAAGGGUCAGUGGGUACCCAGACUUUUGUUAGGCAUCUCCAGUUAGGCCCCAAAGAAGGGUUCAGAGAAGAAAUCCAGUUCAUAGCUCCCAUCCCAGACAGGGCAGAAUGGGGAGAAGAGGAUUCUGAGCUCACCAGAGUGUCUCUAGGGAGGAGUACCUCCAUCCAGCACAUUGACAUCGUGCCUCAGAGGUACCAGGCUUCCAAGCAGGUGGCCCCACAGACAUUGGGAUUUAGGGACUCAGAAGGCGUGGUCCUGGUGGAGAGGUCAGCAGGUAUGACCCAGGCCACUCACAAUUUCACCUCAGAUAGAGAAAUCCUCAAGAAGGAAGAGAACGCAUUCCAGAGGGUCAUUUCUGGGUCCCCUCCAGACAGUGUGGGCAACACAGGAGCAGAGGUGACAGAAAACAUCAGCAGAUCCUUCAGGCACAUUCAAAUAGGUCCUACAGAGGAGGACCCCUCUGAAUACAUUGUCACCAGUGGAACCUUGUCUAAAACAUUUGUUCUUGACGGUUCCGUGGCGUCCCCGGGGCCGGGUGGGGGAGCAGACGGCAGUAGCACACCAUGUCACAUUGCACUGGGGCCCAAAGAAACUUCAUUUACCUUUCAGAUGGGUGUAAGUGACACAAGAGCCAUCCGCAGCUGGACCCGAGACACGGGGUCCGAAGUGGAAGCUCACAGUGUGUCUCACCACGGUGGCUGGAGAGCUGCUCACAGUAGGGAUGAGCAAUCAGCCAGCACCAGCUCUCAGGCCUCCGCUGGGGAUGCACACCAGGCCGGUGGAGAGAAAGGCACGGAGCAGGCUGGAUUUGACAAGACGGUGCAGCUGCAAAGGAUGGUAGACCAAAGGUCGGUGGCUUCCGAUGAGAAGAAAGUGGCCCUUCUCUAUCUAGACAAUGAGGAGGAAGAGGAGGGCGAGGGAUGGUUUUGAUAACCAGAAACUGUCUUGUCCUGAAUGGCGCUCUGGAGACACAUCAAUGUACAAAGCCUUCAAAAUACCAACGCACAAGCCCCUUCACUAAGUGUUAUGGGGGGUGUGGGAAGGCUGGGUAUCAAUCCUUUGUUUAGGAAGCCCUGGGCCGAGCAGUUUGCUUCAGAACUCGUUGUAAGGUUGGAGAUUUUACAUUUGAGUUUCACAGAACUCCCUUAGGCUCCUUUUUAUCUUUUCUAGUCUUAAGAAGUUCCUUCCUCUAAACUUUUCUCUCCACGCGUGGAGACAGUUUAUACGAGUUUUGCACCAGGUCACAGGCGUGGCUCGUAUCUGUUCUACUGUCUAUCCUAUAGGCAAGACACUUUAACAUUUAACCAGGUUAAAAUAAUAUAUUCAAGGUAGGUUUUGUUGCAUGUGCUAAUAUCAAACAGGAAGCUAACACUGGAAAGGAGCAUAGGUGGGCUUUUCUCUCUCCAAAGUCUUUUUUAAAAAAAAGAAAUUAUAGAAAGUAAGCAAGACUGUAUGGGAAAAAAAAUCUACUAGAUGAUUUAAGAAAAAGUUACUUAUCAGAGAUUUAAAGUUAUGUUCAAAUGGAAUGAAUUGCUUUCUAUGUACAGGAUUGAAAAAAAGAGAGGGCUUAGAGUUAUUUAUGGAAAGACAGCUGUGGUCUGUUGUUGGUGCCUCAGAUUCAUGUAUCUGUCCUGAUUGCUCAGAUUUGCUGUCUCUGGCCACAGGCAUUGGCAGCCAAGAAUGAGAAUUGCUCACAGUAUCCUUUCAAAUCUUUACUAGGCUGGGAGGUAGCAGAUACAUUGUGUCCUGAUCUAAGCUGGAGCACUGGUUCUCAACCUGUGGGUCACGGCGACCCUUUCAAGGCAUCGGCUAAGACCAUCGGAAAACACCGAUGUUUACACUAUGAUUCGUAACAGUGGAGAAAUUAGUUAUGAAGUGGCAAGGAUGUGAUUUUACGAUUGGGGGUCACCACGACUUGAGAAACUAUAUUAAAGGGCCGCAACCUUUGGAGGGUUAAGGACCACUGCUCUAGAAGAAUGAGUCAGUGCUCCUAACAACAGAACCAUUUCUCUAACCCAUACAGAUUGCCUUGGUAGGAUUUUCUGAGCUCCUAGAAUUAAGGACAAAAGUGGCAAGAGCUGUAUACGAACCUCACAAACACUUUUGCACUUUGGAUAGAAAUCAUGAUGGUGGCGGCAUUUAAGUCGAAUGUAGGUAGUGUUUAGGGGAGGGAACCAGGUGCUUCCAAUGUAACCAGCAUCUGGGCCCCCAGGGCAGACUGACUGAUGAUAAAGGCCCCACUCUUGUGGGCCACACAUCAUGGACCGGAAGCUGUGCGCCACUGAAUUUAAUGGGUGUGUUCAUUUGGAAUGGUUCUUUUACACAUGGACAUUGUUUUUAAAGCUCCCAUCUCUGAAGGUUUGGCAUCACAUAAAAAAGCAAAAAGGCCUCUACAGUGCAGCGGUCUGUGAGUGCAGAAUAGUAGCUUCCAUGGGUCCGAGCUGUGCUUUUGAACCCAGGCCACAGACCUGCCUGUGGGGCUCUGAGGAAGAAGGAUCCGAGGUGGUGUCAUCUUCAGGUAGGGGAGGAGCACGGUACAGGAGGGCCUCCCUCCCCAUGUGUCCCACAGGGCGCAUUCCCCCCUCCGGUUCCAGCAGGUGGGUGAAAGAGAGUGAGAUGUUCUUCCUUGCUAAGGGAAGGAGAAAUGCAGAAUGGUUUAAGGUAUUUCCAAAGCCUUGCAUCGGGGUACAGGAAGAAAGCAGGUUUGAACAGAAAGCCCAUGUUACCCACCUGCCAGCUGAACUCACGGGUGUCAGACUAAGACAGGAGUUACUGCUGCGGCUUGUCCUCUCUGACACUGUCGGAGAUGCCCUGAUUUACUCUUACCAUAGUCAGAAGACCUGAGUGAUUCGUUAGAGUGCGGCUGAGGUGGUACAGCCUGGGUAUAACAAUGCAAGACACAGUUACAAUGUCGAGUUUAUUAUGAGUCUAAGUGGGCUUAGCUGGACGCCCUUGUCCUGGUUCCUGAACUUGUCCAUGCAUGGUGUUGUGAGCAGCUUAUAAAUAUCUGGGCACUUCUGCUCACUUUGAAGAAUAAGUGUCUUGGAGUGAAAUAUUAAUUGUCAUCUCUAAGUUGGAAUCACCAUCAAGGCAAUCCCAGGAAGGAGGAGUCCUCAGCUGUCAUUGGUUACUAUGUCUCUAGGUCACUAAGGGCAGGGCUUUUACCUUUGACAUUGUAGCAGCUCCCUGAGGUUUUUGGAAUCAGUCACUCUGGAGUCAAAUCGACACUGUGGUAGGGCAGGGAGGGUGGGGGCGCACCCAGUCUCUCCCAGUUUGUUAUUGAGACUACAAGAUACUGAAUGUUUCUUAGCCUUCCACUGGUUGUUUUGAUAGUUUGCUUUGAAGUGUUUAUUUAGAAUUAUCUAAGAAGCUUAUUUUUGCUAACCUCCUGUUCCCUACAAAGUGAACUGUCACAAGAAUAUGUAGAAAUAAAGAUCUGAGGGGAAAAAAA